UAUAAUAAAUAAUUAAUCAUGGCCGUAGUCCCAAUCUGAAGAGAGAAAUAUUAUGAAAUUCUACAGAAGAAAAUGAUGGAGAAACCUGUGUUCGUUGUGUCUACUAAUACGUGUCCGUAUUGUGUCAAGGCUAAGACUUUAUUGGAUAAUAAUAAAGUAGAGGCGACAGAGUUCAAUUUGGAUGAGUUUUCUGAUGAGGAUAGAGUUGAGUUUGGACAUUGUAUUUGGGGAGCUCUGCCGAGGAGAUUUGUACCAUUUAUUUAUGUGAACAAACAGCCGCUAGGAUCUUACUCUGAGUUAGUACAAGCCCAGGAGGAAGGAAUGCUUAAGAAUCUAGCAUCAGGGGCUACUGAUGAUAUUUUGUAA